AUGGCAAAGAGGAUUUCGGAUGCAACUUGGCUCAGCGGGAAAAUCAGAGACCCACCCAGUCCUCCAGCUCGGGUCAAGAUGAAGAUGACACCGAUGUUUAGAGGAAGUCCCACACAGAAGUUGAUGUUCUCGAUGGACAUAAUAAUGGAUGAUGAAAAAUCCAGAAUCAGUGGAGAUUUUAAGAAGAAACUGGGGCAUGAGGUAGACUGCUUACAUCAUCUCACUUCAUCCUACUUCAUCUCACUUCAUCUCACAUCUCACAUCUCACAUCAUCUCACAUCAUCAUCUCACAUCUCACAUCAUCUCACAUCAUCUCACAUCUCACAUCAUCUCACAUCAUCUCACUUCAUCUCACAUCACCUCACAUCAUCUCACUUCAUCUCACAUCACCUCACAUCAUCUCACUUCAUCUCACAUCACCUCACAUCAUCUCACAUCUCACAUCAUCUCACAUCAUCUCACUUCAUCUCACAUCUCACAUCAUCUCACAUCAUCUCACUUCCACUCACAUCAUCUCACAUCAUCUCACUUCAUCUCACUUCCACUCACAUCACCUCACAUCAUCUCACAUCAUCUCACUUCAUCUCACUUCAUCUCACAUCAUCUCACUUCAUCUCACAUCACCUCACAUCAUCUCACAUCAUCAUCUCACAUCUCACAUCAUCUCACAUCAUCUCACUUCAUCUCACUUCAUCUCACUUCAUCUCACAUCACCUCACAUCAUCUCACAUCUCACAUCAUCUCACAUCAUCUCACUUCAUCUCACAUCUCACAUCAUCUCACAUCAUCUCACUUCCACUCACAUCACCUCACAUCAUCUCACAUCAUCUCACUUCAUCUCACUUCCACUCACAUCACCUCACAUCAUCUCACAUCAUCUCACUUCAUCUCACAUCACCUCACAUCAUCUCACUUCAUCUCACUUCAUCUCACAUCAUCUCACUUCAUCUCACAUCACCUCACAUCAUCUCACAUCAUCAUCUCACAUCUCACAUCAUCUCACAUCAUCUCACUUCAUCUCACAUCAUCAUCUCACAUCUCACAUCAUCUCACAUCAUCUCACAUCAUCUCACUUCAUCUCACAUCAUCUCACAUCAUCUCACAUCAUCUCACAUCAUCAUCUCACAUCUCACAUCAUCUCACAUCAUCUCACAUCAUCUCACUUCAUCUCACAUCAUCUCACAUCACCUCACAUCAUCUCACUUCAUCUCACAUCAUCUCACUUCAUCUCACAUCAUCAUCUCACAUCAUCUCACAUCAUCAUCUCACAUCUCACAUCAUCUCACAUCAUCUCACAUCAUCUCACUUCAUCUCACAUCAUCAUCUCACAUCUCACAUCAUCUCACAUCAUCAUCUCACAUCUCACAUCAUCUCACAUCAUCUCACUUCAUCUCACAUCACCUCACAUCAUCUCACAUCAUCUCACAUCAUCUCACUUCAUCUCACAUCAUCUCACAUCAUCUCACUUCAUCUCACAUCUCACAUCAUCUCACUUCAUCUCACAUCAUCAUCUCACAUCUCACAUCAUCUCACAUCUCACAUCAUCAUCUCACAUCUCACAUCAUCUCACAUCAUCUCACAUCAUCUCACAUCUCACAUCAUCUCACAUCAUCUCACAUCAUCUCACUUCAUCUCACAUCUCACAUCAUCUCACAUCACCUCACAUCAUCUCACAUCAUCUCACAUCAUCCUGCGUCAUUUUUAUGUCUGAUGACUUCUUUCUCCACGUCACUGUGUCACUGCCCUUUCACACCUUCACCCUCCUCCGUGUAA